CUUCAUCGAGGCUGAACAGACAGGCGGCGGCGCCGCUGCCGCGAAAGAGCCAGCAGCUGUAGCGAAGCAGCCACCGCAAGAGCAGAUGCCGCAAGGACAGAAACAACCCCAGUCUAAAGGUAUAGCGGCAAAUGCAGUAGCAGCAGUUGCGGCUCCAAGCAGUAGUGUGGCGAAAGCAGUCCCAGCGGCAUCAGCGGCGCCCGUAGUGCAAGAGAAAAAGCCGGAACAGCCUUCGGAAGCCCAUUCGCUAGCAAAUGUUGCGCCAACGCCGCAUACGAGUUCCGACGAACAACUCACAGGCCCCGCAACUGCUGGGGCUACAACUGGUAAAAAUACACAAGCAGCUGCAAGUACUAGUUCUACUUCUAGUACAACACAACAAGCUGCAGAUGAUGCAGCCGCAGCUCUAGCACAAGCAGAAGCCGCGAAGAAGGUUGUGCCGAAGAAAGCGCCGACAGCCAAAAGCCCAAAAGAGAUGCUAAAGCUGCAAAACACGGUCUUCAAGCCUGCGCUAUUCAAUGAUCGAGCGACUGCGCAAAAUACUGAGGACGAAGUAAAAGAGUUCAAAACGGAAGUAGUCGAGGCAAAGGCUUCUGCGACUGGGACAACUCCACCAAGGAGCGCGCAGACCGCCGCUGAGGGAACGACGGCGGUGGCGAACACUGCUCACGCUGAUAGUGCGUCAGCGGGACAGGCAGCCGGGGCAUCGUCUUCAGGGAAGCAGGGGGGCGAUGGGAUUUCCGCAGCAGCUUCAGGAAUAAAUGGCGGAGUGCAGGACCCUGGAAGUGCUGCGGGGUCUACGGGAGUGGCACCAGCUGCCAAAGCCGCCGGCGCAGAUGGAGCACAUAGUACCGCAAAUAUGCCAGCCUCCGUGACGACAGGAUCUGCAGCAGCAGGUGCGACCAGAACGGCAUCUCAUGAUGCGGCACCGGGAGGAGCGAGAAAUGCGGAAGAUCUACUCCUUGUCAAGGGCGAAGCAUCUUCUAAGGAUACGCAUCUCAUUGGUGGGCAUGUUGAUCGAGCUACAUCCAGUACGCACCCGUCAAAUAUAGUUAUUGCGACAGCUACAAAGGAAGAGGUUCAUAGCUUAGACGAACUGCGACCACCCAAGCCGCAGAAGGGAGUUUUCCAAAGGUUUCGUGAGUGGCUUUUCGUGGAUAUGGAACUGACGCUUCUGGUCAUCGCGUACCUCGUGCGUGGCUUCUUCAAAACAAGUUACAUCGCCUUCCAUUCCAUGGUACCCACUACCUAGUCUUGUAACAUAAGUAAGAGAUUCUUUUUGUUUCCUCCUGUGGUCGUCCUGGUUGUGCGAAUUAAAACAGGAUAGAGUUGAAGAUCCGACGAACUGUUCGUUAAGAGAAUCAAGAUUACACCGCUGCACCUCGUCUGCUCACACUAUGUAUUUUGCGCAGAUCUUCGAUACGACUGCGUUGGGCAACGAGCGAGUGCUCGUCUUUGCGUUGCUGGAUAUUUUGACGCAAGUUUGUGUCCUCGUCAGUGGCUUGAUUUCAUCGUUCAUGUUGGAGAGCGAUUUCACCGAAUUUCCAACGCUCUACACGUUAUGGCACAUGAUGGCACAUGAUCUUCAAUGGCUUUCUCUCAUCAACCGGAAGUAUUAGCGUAGUAGUGGUCUUUUAUAACCCUGGAGUGGGUACAUUCAUUCAGUAAGUCAUGCUGAAACUACUGCGCCGUCCUUAUUUCUCCUGAUGUUAGAAGAUCCUCUCUUCGUCCUUUCCAUCCUCUAAACCUUGCGAUGCUUGUUCUAUAUGCCGUGUUGCUUGUUGCGGUAGCCAAUUUCCUGCCAGAGACGCUGACAAUGAGUAUUCACGACUUUGUAGCCCAUCUAGACAAUCCCGGUGAAAUGGAAAAGGAGACCUUGUUGCCACGGCUAAAUUGGUCUUAUAGCAACAAUGACGGAACGGAGAAACCAAGCACGGUCGCGAUUGCUGGCAGUUUAUCAGAUAUGAGAAGGACGAAAAGCUUUACAGUUUUGUUGUAGUUCUGGUUGUCCUUUAGUACAGACACUACUUAUUCGUAACAUGGAAUAGAGACAGUGUUCCUGGUGACCUUCAUUAUUUGACUCCUUACCGGAAAGAAGGGACAACUUCGGUAGCGUUCCUUAGAAAAUUACACACUCUGCAUUCUGCAACUAUAAUCCAACCUAGAAAAGAUGAAGAAUGUUGCAUGAGUGUGAUUUUGUUAGUAGCGGACCAGCCACCAACAUAUCUAUUCGUUUUUGUUUGUCGAUCGAUUUGAUUCUAACUUGCAAAAGGACAGUGGCGAUUCCGGAAUUUACAGUAGAAACAGCUUCCAGGAAGGCAACCCAAUGGGAGGAGUGGACCCUAGAAAAACGGUUUUACACCACCAAGCACAAGAAACGUCACGAAUAAAGCGUUUCUGUGCUAUAGUCGCAGCUGCCUUUGCCAUGUGCUCACAUCUUAUGUCUGUCACGUCAGCUUGAUUAAAUAGUAGGCCAUCUCCAUCUUGUUUGACUUUGAUGCGGUUUAAUGAGGUCGCGUAAAUUUGGUUUUGUCUGAGACAAGAAUCGCUGCUUGACUUGCUUUUACCUUCCCACCGGGAAGGGCAUCGUAUCAGGUCCUCUACAUGUGUUUCCACAGGUGACACAGACUGACGAGGUGAUCUACAUUAUGAUUAUUCUCCGUCUCCCCUCCCCCGUGCAAAUAGGUCCUUUACGUCAAGAUCAGGUACAUUAAUCAAUCAAGCCUCCAUGCUCUUCUUCCCUCUUUCAUAGUAGUUGUCGUCGCUUGGGUGUACGCGCUAUUCGAGUACCUGUCAACGAUGUUCCACACCUACUUGCAGCUUUUGUUGAACACGAAUGGGUUUAUUCAGCUGUGGACGGUUCAGUGCUUUUUCUACACUCUAGCGACGUGCAUGAGCGAGAUCACGAGCAGCUAUUCCAUAGCAGUCUGGGGUUGGCAUCAAGGCGAUCUGGAAUUCAUGUCCGCGUGUAUGAUGUGCGUCAAUCUGGUCGCUCUCAUCGCCUCCCCGCUUAUGCUCUACGGAAACAUGAAGAAGGUAUUAACGACGUCUCAUGCUGUCUUCAAGUGAGUUUCAUUCUCAGUUUGAAAUCAUGGUGUCAUAAUUUGUUGGUCUGUCUCGCUGUUGUCAUGGGAAAUUGAAAUUCUCUUAUGUAGACUAGACGUUCUUGCUCAAAAUGGAAAUCAUGCUAUCUUCCAGGUCGAAACGAGGUCUGCUGACGGACGAAGAAAGGUGAAGGUUGUCGUUUCUGCCACUGGUAGUGCCGCAGCGAAGCUGGAUCCCGUUAGCGCUCGCAAGUACUCGGAAGUCCAGAAAUCUCUCAGUCGCCAAAGAAGUGGAAGUAAAGACUCUAUUGCAGCUAAGAGUUCAAGAAUCAUUGAUAGCGUCGAUGGCGUGCGCGAGAUCGACGACGAAGAACGACAUUAUGCUCUCGAGAAAGAACUUACUCAAUCUUGUUUUACUGAAUUACAUUGAAUAUCACAAAAUGACGUACAGAACUGAGAGUCCGACUUGUUUUCAAAUGUCAGUUGAAAAUUGUUGACUCUGAUGUUCCCAUCUUCAAUCCUUAUCAACCAUUAGAAUUGGAUUGACUCUCCUAAGAACAUGGUGGGACAACACGUGGGAAGCAGCUUGCGGCCCCGGUUGAUUUGGACUCUCCCAUUUCGAGUAUGGUGAACGCCAGGCGAGACGGGGACGACGCAUUUGUCGGCGGGCAAGCAGCAUCACCCAUGCUGUUCUAUCCUGAUGAGGACAGGAGCUCGACAGAGAGACCUAGCGAACGGGUGUUACUUGAUGAGGCGAAGCAUGGACCCGUAGCGAAUAAUAGCAUCGCUUUAUGGUUGGUAGUAAAAAGAUCCGUGUCUUCACAGUGAAAAAGAUCUCAGAAUUUUUGGGGCGUUCGCGUUUGACUCUAGAGGACAGACGCACUUGAAAGGCGUCCCUCUUCUCUCGGACGGAUCCAUUUUCUUACCAAAUUCUAAUGCUAGGAGACAACAAAAAAGGACGGGAAGCUCUGGCUGGAGAAGAUGGAGCGAAUAUUUUAGACCAGAGAUCUAAUUCUAGAACCUGCGACUUGCAGGCGCUUUGGUCGAAGAGCUCCACCACGACAACUCCGAAACCAACUGCAAAGAAUCUAGAAGACGAAGCAAAUAACUCGAUUGGGGGACCCACGAGGCAGUGUCUGACAAGACGACGUUUUCGGUCAAGUUCGAUAAACCCUCGCGAUCCAUUUGCCAGACUUAUGAUUUGUUAAUGUGAGUAUCUAACUCAUUGACAUUUUCGGAAUACUGAUCAGGGAGAAUGACCAUGAUGGGCAUCAGCUGCAGUGUGCGCCCAGACUAUAUAGAUACAACUCAUCAUCUUGUUCCUCGUGAGAUUCCUCUGGUUGAGAAUUUUCCCUCGCCUGAUUCCUCUCGGCUGAUCAUACUCAGAUCUAGGUGAAUAAGAAUAACGUGGCUGGUGUUAUUUUCAACAUCAAUAUUUUUAUUUUCGAUUACAGUUUUUCCUCAUAAGUCCGAGGUUAAUCCCUCCAACUGAUAAAUCAACAAUUUCGCUAUUCCGUUUUCCGUGCUACUGUGCGUCUUCUAAGCAGUGACGUAGUUUUCUUGGUGGGCGCGAAAGGAGCUCGAGUAGUUACAUGAGAGACUACAGUGACGACUCGGGGGAAGAGGACAGUCACAGUGGAUACGACGACACAUAUAACGAGGAAGAUAGCCUAGAGGAGACGAAGAUGAAAUUUAGCGAAGAAGAGACGUCAAUCCACGAAAAAUUCGCGACCCUGCUCAUUGUAGGCUCUCUUGUCAACCUUUUCUGUGAGUUCGUCUACACCUUGGAGGCGCCAUACAGCGGCAGGUUCUUCGUCUUCAUGAACGUAAUCCGUCACUGCCUGGCGUUUCUGGCGAGCAUCAGGUACAACUCCCUCAACUUUUUUGAUGUAGAAGUAGUACCAUUUAGGUAGAGGAUCCAUCAUGCGCUGUGCUAAGACACGUUAUCGCAUGCUUUGCACAGCCACGAGAGCAUGUGGUCGUGCAGUCGAAUGCUUCGAGAUUCAACAAGUUACUUCAUGUGGAAUAGAUACCUACAGUAACGAAAAAUAUGGUAAUUGAGGUAAAAAUCGUUGAGUGUGUACCACAACAAACAAAAUAAAGCAUGAUCAUCAUAAACGACCCAGGUCUUCAUUCAUCGCUGCUCGGUUGCCUGCCGAUAAACGAGCGAUGUGUUUGUCCUUUUUUUCAUUGACGGCCGAGAUCUCCCAAGCCUUGGGAUGCUACCUCUACGCCAAUGUACUUUUCGAUCCCGCGGCGCGGGGCUUCUCCGCAGGUGCUCCCUUUCGUUUCGCCUUUCUCAUGUAUGUCCUUGCGGAUGUCGUCUACAUCUAUGUUUUUCACACGUACCGGAAUCCUAACAAAGCAGUCGACGAAGAGCAGCAGCGAAAUUCAGAGGCGUCCGUUGACGUUGUAGCUAUUAUGGCGCAUGAUGCAUCAGCAUCAACAUCUAUCAAGUUCUGAUGCAUGUUCACUAUCAAUUCAGUUUUUCUGUGUACUACUAGAAAAGAUAAACUAGCACGAGCCUCAUAAGGUCGUUCUUAUAAAUAAGACUGUUUGGUUCUUUAAAGAGGACGAGGAGCUGCUACUUCGUCUCUCUUGUAAACUCGAAGGAUGUUCUUUUUACUUCUGCUGAGAAUAGAAGAGGGACAAGCCCUUCGCUUCGUUUUUGUGUCUUUAAGAUCGCUGCCAAAGGACUUGCGCGUUCCGCAAAAAACCGCCUUUCUCUUCGUGGAUCUCUUCCAUCGGUAGCAGGAAAUAGCCAAAUCGACGACCUGGAAGAUGUUUAUGAUGACGAGGAGGGCGAGGCGUAGCUGCUUGGAAUGCCCUUCCCCAAAGAGGCGGUAAGAAAACAGCUGCUGCAAUGGUUGCUGUACAGAGUGAAUAUCAACGCUAGACCGCGGAUUAAAUUUAGUAACUAUAUCUUCUUCUUCUGUCAUGCAUCAGAAUCAUCUACAUCAGAAUCAAUUUCAUUCACUACACAGAAUCAAUCUCAUCGACGACACAGAAUCAUCUACACAGAAUCCACUGCUAAACUGAAUCAUCGAUAGAGAAUCAUCAACACAGAAUCAUCGAUACAGAAUUAUCCAUACAGCACUUAUUUCUAUACGGCAUGACGUGCCAGAAGCUACUUCACACAGACUAUAACAUCUGGCUCUCGAAUUUUAAGUUAAUAAUGUACGAAUUACAUCUUGUAGACGUGUGAUCCAUUCACCGACGUAAUAUAUUCAUCGCAAAUCGAUAUAUGCUGAGAGAAAUAGCCGAACAUUCGAGCAUCGUGCUCCUGCAAUCAAUCUAGCAUGCUUCAACGUGAUAUAGAGAUGGUCAAGUAGGCAGUGCAUAGAGAUUUCACUACUGUACAACUCUACGCGACAGCAUAUACUGUACUUGACUUUAGCAUGCCAUACUUAAGUAUUCCUCGUCCCUUUCCAUACCUCCAUAUGGAGCGGGGGUAUAACUAAGAAUAUGACCACAUGACAAACUGCAUGAUCUAUGUGCUAUACGCCGAAGACGUGAGAAUAACCCAUGGUAUCACGAAGGUGACAACUGCGAACGCAUCCGUUGUGAUUUGUCUCCCUG